GGGCACGUAAUUUUUAAAAAUCGAGCAUGGCGUGGCGUCGAUCUGUCUCGCCUCGCUUCAGGCUCCUGUCGCUAUGUGCGGUGACAAGCGGGUCGACUUUGGCGUCCAGGUCAAUAACCCUGUGCUCUGAAGUCGAUGCGAGUCCUUCUGUUAAUGCGCAUUCUUACAGCGACGGCCACCAACGCCGUUCUCCUCGAAUGAUCAUCGGAAACCCAGAUGUGUUCGCUCGCAAAAUGAAAAGGUUCACGCAGGAUGGAGCGGGCCAGUUGCUGGUGAUCGCCGACUUCGACCGAACAUUGACACCAUAUUACAAGCAACGUAGGGAUCCCAAGACUCCACUAGAGCAGGAAAGCAGCAGCCACGGACUGCUCAUGACCAGCAGUGUGCUGCAGCCACAGGUGUGUGCAGGGGAGCAAGAACUCUUUGCAAAGUUCUACCCAGUGGAGAUGUCACCGACACUGUCUGCUGCAGAGAAGCUGCCGUUCAUGGAGCAAUGGUGGAACAGUGCACACGCGCUGCUGGUUGAGUACAAGUUGACGAAGAAGCAGGUGGAUCAAGCCGUUGCUCUCGGCUCGUUAAGCUUCCGUCAAGGCUUCCACCCACUUUUCAAGCUGCUGAAUGACCUGCAAGUGCCUACGCUCGUUUUCUCGGCUGGACUCUAUGACGUCAUUCACGCUGCACUAGAACAGGAAUUUGCUGCUGAGUGUAAGCGGAGUGGAGGAGCACAGUCGAGGAACCAGACAUUUACGCCAAGCAACGUGCGCGUGGUGUCCAACAUGAUGCGGUUUGACGCCGGGGGAGUCAUCGAAGGCUUCGAGGGAAAGCUCAUCCACUCGCUGAACAAAACUGCGCGCGUGCUGGUCGACUCGCCAUUCUGGAAGGAACGUCAGCUGGGAAAGCGUCGCAAUGUGUUGCUGCUUGGAGACUCCCAGGGCGACGCUCGAAUGGCCGAAGGUUUGAGCACAAAUGAAAUCAUCCGCGUCGGCUUCCUGAACGUGCACGUGGAUGAGAAACUGGACGAAUAUCUCGACCUAUAUGACGUUGUCUUCACUCACGAUGCGAGUCUCGUCCCCGUGCAGAAGUUGGUCGAACAGAUCACGGCUUACGAUAAAGAUUAA